UAUGGAUAGAUUAAAAGAAUUAUACUAAAAAGCACUUUCCCUAAUUAAAUAAGAAAAAUACAAAGAAGCAUAUGAUGAUUAUUUAUAUAUUCUACUUUUAAAAGAUCGUAUUUAUUUAUUCUUAUCAAUAGAAAGAAACAUCGAAUAUAAUAUGUUGAGUGGAUUAUGUUUUUAGAAGCUCAAAAAUUUCAAAAAGGCUGAAGAAUUCUAUCUCUACACACUUGAAAAAAGACCUGAAGAUCCUAAAAUAUUAAAUGCACUUUUUAAACUUAAUAAGGACGAUAUUAAAAAUAAAGAAAAAGCAAUUGAAUAUGGAUAAAAGUUAAUUACAAUUUAGUAUUAUAUUAUGUUAUAUAUAGCAAAAAAACAGAAAUUGGUAAAGCAAUGGAUGUAACUGUUGGAUAUUGUGAGAUUUUACAUGAAAAUUAAGAGAGGAAAAUGUUGGAUGUUCAUUUUCAAGAAUUAUUAAAACAUGGUUCAGCUGAAUAAGUUUAUAAAGUAGCCAAAUUUUAUAUUCCAUUAAUAAUCGAUCUUAAAUUAAUUGAUGUAACUUAAUCUAAAUCAUACAACUCCAUUAUUCGUCCAUUUUCAUAAAAAAUAUCAAAUUAAAUGCCAAAUUUUGAAAUUAUUGAAACUAUUUCUAGAAAAGUAGUAUCUAAAUUUCCAAUACAAUUUAGAGAUAUUAUUUUUGGACUUGCUAUUUAAAAAGAACAUUAUAUUGUAUUAUUUGAAUGGUUAGAAUUACUUCCAUCAAGUUGUUUUUUAUUAGAUUAAGUUUUAAGAUAUUGUCACUGUUUUCUAGAUUAUAAAAUAAAAUUUUUAUUAGAGCAAUGUAUAAUUUUAUUAAGUGAUGCCAAAGAAGGUUUAACAUUUUUCAAUUAUAAUACAUUUGAUGAAGAAUAAUAUAAUAAAACAAUAAUGAAAGCCCAAUCAUUUUUAGCCUUUAUGAGAAUCUAUGCAUCUUAAAUAGUAUAACAAAGUGGAGAUUAAUUUAUAUCUGUAAUUGAUAAAUUGCUUUAAUAAAAAAAUUUUGAUAUUAUAGAAAAAGACAAAGAUUAUACUAUCUUAGAAUUGCCACUUAAAGUUGCUUAAUUGUUUAAAAGUGGAAAUAAAGAUAAUUCAUAAUUAGCUAAUACAUUAAUGGUUGAUUUCAAUAAGAAAAUGAAGUAAUUAAAAAACUUUGAAUUUGAUGUUUCUGUAUUGGAAGAAGUAGGUGCUAAUUUAGGAUAUGACAUUCUAGCAGAUCCAGUUGAAUUAAUGGAAAUGAAGAAUUUAUUAAAAGUUAGAAUUAAAAACAAAGCUUAUUCUCUUGAAACAUAUGAAAAAUAUUUUGAUUAUCAAAUGAAAUUAGUUUCAUUAAUUAGACAUUAUGAUGAAGAAUUAUCAAUGUAACUAAUAUUUGAAAAAAUUUUAUCAGAUGAUCCAUAAAAUCUAAAAAUUCAAAUCAAUUAUGAUUGGCUAAAAUUUUCAGAAAAUAAGAUAUCUCAAUAAGAAUUAAUUGAAAGAUAUUAAAAAUACCUUCCUGCUCCUAUUAAAAUUGAAUAAAUCAUUUUUAAAAGAAUUGGAACAUUAAAAUUAUUAAAUAAACAAAUAAUUGAAGCUAAAUCUUGUUUUGAAAAAGUACAAAGUGAUGAUUAUGAAGCAAGUUUUGCUCUUGGCAUGAUAGCUUUCUAUUAAAAAUAAUUUGCAGACUCUUUAGAGCAUUUAUAUAGAGCAUUUAAUUAUUGUUAAACAAAUUAUCAUUUAAAUUAAAUAAUUAUGUUUGUUUUAAAUAAAUUAAAAUAAAAAGAUAAAGCAUUGGAAUUUGCAAUUAAUAUUUAUAAGUUAUAAUAAUUUUAAAAUGUUUAUUGGUUAAGCUUCACAAUAGGAUAGCAUUUGAUGUAGAAUGUUUAAUUUGGUAAAGCUCAUGAUAUUUUAUAGAAAGCGGCGGAUUAAUUUCAUUUUAAUGCUGAAAAAACAUACAAAUUAUAUUAUGAAAAGAAAUUCGAUUAAGGUGAUUUCUCAAUACCUUAUUUUAUAAAUUAAAAUGAUAAUCUAUAUUUAUCUGAUUAUCCUGUGUUUUCUUCAAAUUAUAUAAUAAAUCAAGGAAUGAUUGUUUUGACUGAAUAAUAUUUUUAGGAUGAAAAAUAUUUAAAAUUAUUUAAAUUAGAAAUGAAAUUAUCUGAACUAAAGAAAAUUCUUGGAUUGUAAGGAUCAGCUUUAAAAAGUUUAGAAAAAGCUGAAGAAUUGUUGCAAAGUGAUAAUAAAAAUUAAAUGUCUUAAUUAGAUAAUUAUUUAACAAUGAAAUGUGAUGAUACAAGUAAUAAAGGAAAAUUAAUAAAAUUUACUCAAUAAUUUAAUUAAAUAUAAAUUUAAAGCAGAUGGGUGAGUACAUAUAAGACAAAAAAAAUAGAUAAAUAAUAUUCUAAACUUUUAAUUUUACAUAAUUUUGAAUGUGCUUAAUUGCAAUUAUAUGGAUAAUAAGAUUACUUUAGUUAAGAAAGAAUGAUUUAAGGAUUGUUAAUGUCAAUUGAUAAUUUUGAUGAUUAAGAAGUUCAAAUAUUGAUAAAGAGUUAUUUAUGUUUUAUUUUUGAAAUAGGAGUAUAAUAAAUAAAGAAUUAAUUAGUUUAUGGAACAGAUGGAGCUUAAUUAAUGGCUUAGAAAUAUUUAAGCUUAUUUGAUUUAAUUUAAUCUUAAUUACAAUUAAAUGUAUAUGCUUGUGAAUGCUUAAGAGAAUUCUUUUAUUUAUUAGGAAUAUAUUAUGAUGUCUAGUAUUUUAAAUAAAGUUUAUAAUAUUCUUAAAAUGUGAUAAAAUUAUUAUGCUAAGUAGAUAUUGAAGAUUAAUUUGAUUUAUAAGAAACAUUUUAACAUAUGAGGAGCAUAUUAAACGGAUAAGAUAAAAAAUAACUAAUUGUGAAAAAUAAUUUGCAAUCUUUAUUAUUAACUAGAUGUAGAUUAAAUCUAGAUAAUAAUAAAUAUUUAGAAUUAAGUUUAUCUUUAUUUCCAAAAUGUGACAGUUUGUAUUGUAUAGCUGCAUAAAUCAGAAGAAAUCCAUCAUUUAUAAUAAAGGCUUUAGAAUGUAAUAAGAAAUGUUAAGCCGCCUUGUAUUAAUUAGGAUUACUUUAUAUUGGGAGAUAAAAUUAUGAAUUUGCUUUUUAAACUCUUUAAAAAUGUAUAGAGGUAGAACCUACAACAUCAGCUUUUGCAUAUUUGGCAUUAUCUAUAAUUUUAUUUAUUUAUCUACAAUAAAAUUAUAACAUUGAAAUUUCAGAUUGCAAUAAAGUAAAAUAGUUAGAUUCAUUACAUUUUUAUCAAAAUUAAUUAGCUUAAGCAAUUUCAUCAUAUUUAGACUAUGUAUCAACCCUUUAAAAUACUCCAAUUUAAAAUAUUUUAAGUAUCAUAUUUAGAAAUCUCUAUUUGGGAUAUACAAUUACUAGUGAAGCCAUCCUUCAUGAUGAGAAAUUUAAGUAAUUACUUAAAUAAUUUCCAUCAGAAUACUUGGGAAUUCUUUAUUGUGAAAUUCCUUACUUGUAAAAAACAGAAGAGUUAGAAAAGAUAUAUAUCAAAUAUACUAGUAUUAAGUUUAUAAAAGAAGAAAUUUAAUAAAUUAUAUAAUAAAUGAAUUAAUAUGAAAGCCCUAAUAAUAAUUAAGUUUAAUGGGCUUCAAAAUUAAAAUAUUUAAUUCAUUUAUUAACAUUAUGUAUAGACAAAGUAUCUAAUUUAUAAGAAUUAAUUUAAAUCAUUAAUGAUGCAUUUGAUAUGUUGAUUAAAAAUAUUAUCAAAUUAAGAUAAGCUACUAAUAUUUUCAACUUUGAUGUUUUGUUUUUAAGUUUUGUUAAUAAAUGGUAUCAUUACACAAGAACAAUUUAUUUAAAAGAUAAUUCUCAUAAAGAUUAUUAUUUAUUUGUUGCUAAGUUUUAAUAAUAAUGUUUAAAAUUAAAAGAACUUAAUGAAGCUUAAUUGAUAAAUUAUAUUGAUUAAUUAAUGGAUAAAAAUACAAAAAUAACUGAUGAAUUAAAACAUAAAUUAUAAUUUAUGGAAUUAAUAUAUUAAGGAAAUUGGUAAGAGGCUAUGACUCAUUUGUAAUUAUGUAUAUUUCAUAAUCCAUUAAAACGAGUUUAUCGCGAAAUUCUCAACAAAAUUCAUAUGACAUUUUAUGAGUAGAAAUAUAUUUAAUAAGAAAUAUUAGAUUUAAAAAAAACUAAUUAAGCAACAUUAUGGUUAAAUACAAUUAUAAAUGAAUUAGUUUAAGAGAGAUCUAGAAAUACAUCUAGAUUACCUUUAAUACUAAAAAUUAUUAAAUUUAAGAUAUUACCAUAUUCUGAUAAUUUAAUAGCUAAAUAUUUAGUGAAAAUUUUGUGUGAUAUAGAGUAAUAAAUAUCAACUGAAGGAUUGUUAGAUUAAAUAGUAAAAUAAUAUAAUAUAGAUAAAUAAAAAUAUUGGAUUAAGGCAUCGAUUUAAAAGAAAUUGCAUGAAAAAGAUAAUGUAAACUAACUUAUUUUAUAAUAUAAAGAUAAGUAUCUAGAAAAUUAUGAAGAUUAAAUUUAAUGGAAAAAGAUAGCUAUAUUUUUAAUAGUAAUAAUAAUUUUUAUUUAAUUAGCCUAUCUUAACAUAAUAUUAUUUUGAGAAUGGUCAAUAGGGAAUGGAAUCUAUUUUAAAUUAAGUCAUGUAAAAUUAUUGUUUAUAUGCAUAACAAUUUUUACCAAAGGAUGAAAAACUAAAGAAAGCAAGAUUCAUAUAUAAUAUGUUACAUUAUGGCUGUUAUUUGAAAAAAUUAGAUGAUAUUGAAUCAAUUGGUUAAACUCUAACUAAUUUAUAAGAAAUUGCUGAUGAGGUAAUAAAUUAAAAUAAUAUUAGUUUGCAAAUUAAGGUACAUUUAAUCCAAUUAGUUUGUCAAUAUAUAUACACUAUCAUAUUGCAACUGAAAAAUAUUAAGAAUUAGAAAAAUGGUUGGAUAUUACAAAUAAAUAUAUUUUUAAUAGUGAUCCUAUAAUCAUUUGGGGUUAAAUAAUUAGAUCAUAUAAUUAAGUUAGUAAGAAUAAAGAUAUAAAUACAUUAAAGAAAUUUGUUUCUUUUGUAUAAUAAUAAUAAAUAGAGAAUCCUAAAUUGUAAUCAUUAAUACAUUAUUUAAUUGGAUAAGCAGUUAUGAAUGUUAAUGAUUGGUAAUAAAAAUAUUCAAAAGAAGAAGUUUUAAAGAAGUUUUAGUUAGCUUUAUUAUUGAAUCCUAAUAAAGAAAUAAUUAAAUCAUUAUAACCUCUUUAAACAGUUAGAUAAGUGAAAUAAAAGAUGAAAUUAAGAUUGGAUUCAUAUUUUGAAGAUGUUUAAUAGUUAAAAAGAAAAAUAAUAAAAAGAAAAGUAUAAGAAGGAGGAUUGAAUAGUGAUUCAGAUGAGGCAUUGGUAGAUUAAAUGGAUUAUGAAGAAGAUUAAAAAGAAUUUUAGUAAGAACAUGGAAUGACAAUAGAAGAGCAUUAACAAAUAACUGAGAGUGUUAUAUUAGAAUAAUAAAAAGCUUAUGCAGAAUAUAAUAAACAAGUAGAAAGUUAUAAUGAAUAACUAAUAUAUCUUUAUGAAUAAUAAUAAUAUCUUGAUUAACUCAGUCAGGAAGAAUAAAUGAGAUUAAUUGAAUAUUAUUCAUAAAAUUAUACCUAAUUAUCAUAUGAGUAAUAAUGUUAGUAUAUGAUAUUAUAGGGUUAUUAACAUGAAUAAAUUGUGGAAUAUUUUUAUCAUUAAUAAUAAUCAGAAUAAGAAUAGUAAUAAUGA